UCUGUCUCGAGGAUAUUCUAUUUCGGCAUUGUAAAACGAGCGAAUUUGGAUGUGGUCUUAUAUACGCAGGAAACGAUGGUAACCUGUAGCAUUUAAGUACAUUAAUGCAAGAAAAGGACAGAAUACACCACGUGAGAAAUUUGCCAUUACUUUUAAUAGAAUAUGUACGUUUCCUUCAGUUGUUGAGAAGUAGAUUGCUUUGGAGAUAAAACGCUUUGGGUGAAUUGAGCACGCGCGGAAACACGAGCAUGCGUGUUCUUACUGGGUUACACGAGUUUAUUUUUCCUUGCUUGUUUUUUUAUGUGGCUAGCUAGCUAAGUGCUAAUGAAGUAGGUCAGAAUAGCCAACAAGGGUAUAGUGUCUUGUUUGUAGACGAAUUUACAUUAAUUACGUGCGUUAACAACAUUAUCAAGACCUACUGCAUUAACAAUCUACACAGUAGCCAAUGUUAUCAACAAAUUCAUGCAUCAGUACAGCUAGCUAGCUAAUGUAGCCCACGUCGUUAAUAGCUGUAGCCUGAUAACUGUUAACUAGAUGGCUGUCAUGAGAAUUUCUUAAGAUCUUCUUGACAGUGUAUAGUCUUUAUUGUCAGAUUCCCUAUCGUGAUAGACAUCAGAACGGGAAUACACAGCACUUGCAGUGAACCGUGAAACGACCCACCUAGCGUUAGCUAUCUAGGCUAAGUGGCUAAUAUCCAGCGAGUUGGCUAACCUUAGCUGCUGAGUGUAUUCAACCCCCACGCAAAAAAUGCGUUAGAGGAUUUAUGUCUUUACAAAAUUAUCUAAAACUGAAAGAUGAGAAUAACGUGUCGUUUUUAUGAGCUCCCAAUUUAAUAAAACAUGGCAGCAAGUGGAUAUACGGAUCUAAGGGACAAAUUGAAGUCCAUGACUCCACACAGAGACAAUUACAAAAACAAAAUUUCAGACCACAGCAAUGGACGCAAACGUAAAUUCCACGACUCCGAGGAAGACUUCAGUGACCCUGAAGAACAGCGGGAGGUGGAGGCCCGGAAAGUCAAGAGUGGCAUCAAACAAGUGAGCAUUUUCAGCCCAGAGGAAUGCUCUGCCAUUGAAGCGAAAAUUGAUGAGGUUGUUUCAAAGGGAGAGAAGGGUCUAUACAGAGAGCACACUGUGGACAGGGCACCCCUUAGAAAUAAGUAUUUCUUUGGGGAGGGUUACACCUACGGUUCUCAGUUGGAGAAGCGGGGGCCGGGACAAGAGCGACUGUACUCAAAAGGGGAGGUGGAUGACAUACCAAAUUGGGUACAAGAGUUGGUCAUCAAAAAACUGGUUGCAAGUGGAGUCGUACCUGAAGACUUUGUGAACAGCGCAGUCAUUAACGACUACCAGCCUGGAGGAUGCAUUGUCUCUCACGUGGACCCCAUUCACAUUUUCGAGAGACCCAUCGUGUCGGUUUCGUUCUUCAGUGAUUCAGCGCUGUGUUUCGGCUGCAAGUUUCAGUUCAAGCCCAUCCGAGUGUCGGAGCCGGUAUUGUUCCUCCCCGUUCUUCGCGGGAGUGUCACUGUUCUCAGUGGUUAUGCUGCAGAUGAAAUUACCCACUGUAUUCGACCACAGGAUAUCAAGCAAAGAAGAGCUGUUAUCAUACUAAGAAAAACAAGAUCUGACGCACCGCGGCUGGAGGUGAAUUCACCCAGUAACACCACCCUCCCCGUUUCCCUUCCUGAAAGACCCCAGAUACUGAAAGCAAAGCGCUCUCAUCGGAAGGCAGAUCCUGAUGCUGCUCAUAGGCCGCGUGUGCUGGAAAUGGACAAGGAGGAGAACCGUCGCUCUGUCCUUCCUCCACGACAUCGCCGGAGGAGCGACUCCAGCUCUGAGAACUUCUGGAGGAGAUCCCACGAGUCCACAAGGAGCUACAACCACUCCGACGAUAGCCCCAACUCUGCUCGAAAAGUCAAAAUGAGACGCCAUUGAGGGGUGUUGUCCGUCCAGGGUGUCUGAGGCCCGCAUGGAGACAUGUUAAUAAAAUCCUCAACUUGCAUGCAGGCCUAGAAAUAGUCAUGAAGGUCAUGUGUCGGGCUGUUAAGCAGGCCACCAGUUUGAUUUUGUUGGACGUGGUUUUGGGGUGGUAGAGGGUAAAUGAGGAUAUGAGGAAUGUGAUUAAAGCAGCAUUUAUUUAGCUAUGUUACAGUGGUCAGUAUAUGACUUUGAAAUUCAGAACAGUGUGAAUCCAAAAAUGGGAGAUUGAUGUGACCACUCACUUAUGUGACCAUGUUGUGCAAUUUUUAAUGCACACAUUUGUGAAUUUGAACCAUAGGUGAUGUCCCUCUGCUUGUACCAGGAGCCUUUUUUCUCUUAAUGAUGUCAUUAGAGUUCUGCAUGUUGUUUUAUUUUGUCUGAUUUAAAAGUCAUACGGUUCAUCUAAUAAUGAAGUGGCAAUAUUUCAAAAUGGAAUAACCUGUCAUCUUGGAAUAGGAUUAUAUUUUCCAGUAAAAGCCUUUUGCUUUUGUUCCCUGGUUUAGUUUAAACAGAUUUUGCACAUUAGGAAUAACAUGAGUAAUACAGUUCUGUCUGAUACAUUGUCAGUUGCGGGAGAACAAAGCUAAUGUUUGGGGCGUAUUCAAGGCUGGUUGAACAUCUAAUGAACUCAAGACUCAAGACUGCCUGUUUGGCAACAUGAAUCGACAUUUUUAUAUUGUUCAUGGUUGACGAACUGUGUAUACCCACGCAAUCUGGGGCCCUCUCACUAAGCCUAUAAAAGGAGGCAUUAUCACUCAAGGGUGAUUAAAUGUAUGUUUUUCAAGUCUGUCCAUUCAUUUUUUAAUUGGUUGAGAAAAAAGACACUAAAAGACAAUAAACACUAUUGGUAAAUUGGUGAUUUAUUUGGAUGUUUUGUUUUCCCCCUUAGAACAGUCAGCUAAUCUCUUGAAGUGAAUACAAAAGCACUUUUGUGUUUUGUGCUUGUAUAUUUUUCUAUUUCAGUGCUGAAGGGACACUGGUUCUUCCAGUCACAUAUCAAUGUCAUUGGUACCCUGCGGGAACUUUGCAUGUCCAGUUAUUUAUGGAUUUGUGAUGAAAUGGCUUAUUCUUUGAGGAUGGGUCCCAUUAAGUUCCAUUUCCUUACAGUUUCUCUAUUACAGUAUGGGUCCCUACAACUGUCUUGUCUGGAGUCAUUGGCUUGGUAUACUCGUGGCUUAAGAGAGUAGUUUUAAAUUGAUGGAUUUUCCUUGUAAAUAGGAUUUUUGUUGAUGUGUUUAUUGUUAUUCUGGAUAUUUAAAAUGGUUUCAAAUAAGACAUGAAGUAACAACAUCAAUGUAUGUGUGUGCUGACUCUGGAAAGAACACCUGCAUAAAACCCUGACAAAUGGAUGUUUCCAUUCAAAAUAUGCAAAUGCAAAGGUGCCUGGAGGGUUUUAGUUAUUUUUGGUUAUUUUUUUUUUUUUUUUUUUUGGGAAGAGUUGCUUGUCUGCAACUGUCCUAAGAUACAUGCAUGGUCUUUUUGCUGAAUUGAGAACUGACUAUAUCACCCUAUAGAUUGGGCAGGCUGCUGAAAGGUAAUGGUCUGGAGUUGACGGUUAUAUCCAGUCUUCUUUCCAAACCCUCCUAUGUUAUGAAUUGUGUAUUGACUGCUCAGUCAAGUUCAUAGUAUUGCCACUCUAAUACUUUUGUUCAUUUCGAAGGUUGUGUGUAAAGGAAUAGAUUUUUUUGUUUUUAUUGGGGUUUUUUUUUUUCAGAGAAGAUCUAAAAAGGGACAAAUUUGGUAACAUCGUUUACUCCAUCUCCUAUAGACUUUGGGCUUUAUUUGGCAUUAAACCGAGUCUAAUAAGGACUGCAUUGAAACUCCUCUUACCUUGCUCUCAUGCCUUCAUGAUGAGUUUUCAUUUCUUUGGUACAGUUAACAGUCUGGCCCCAUCAGUGAUUUGACUACAAAACAAGUGUCAAAGUUUUUUUUCUAUUGCAGAUAGGAAAUAACAGCUGUUCAAAGAAAUCACACACCUACUUGUAACAAAGAUGUACAGGUCUAAAAGUUGAAUUAAAGAAGGAAUUGUAUAAAGUGAAAAAAAUGUAUGUACAAAAUCUUUUAAUUCAUUUAUUGUAUUGGCUUAUUUGUAUUCAAGUUUUAUUUUUAUGGCGCUGUGCCUAGAGAAACUUGAUAGGUUUGCUUUUCUUGGAUUGUUCUGACUUUAUUUUUUUCCUACUGGACUGUUUAAAAGCCUGAGUGCACAGGUGCCCUGCUGCUCUCAUUCAACAGUAAAGCAGAAGGCAUGGUACUUUGCUAGUUUAAAGGGAUCUGUUCUUAUUAGAUUUAAUUGCAGGCCAUUUUCAGCCCAAAUAAAUUUUUUUGCCUUUCCCCUAUUAGUUCUGCUCAUGUCAAAGAAACGGUUUAAUGCUUUUCUAUUAAAGCAUAGAUUUUAAAUGAUUGAAUAUUUCGUAACCCAUUUAUAUAUAGCUUUAGUUAUUGUGUCAUUUCAAAAAAACGGCAGUAUUUAUUUAAUGAAAACAAUGUAUUAAGAUUAGGUCGGCUGUCCUCUUGUUAGUCAAAUCAGUUUGCCUGCAGUACAUUUUUUAUUUCCUGCUACGUCAUAUCUGAAGUGUUCUGCCAGAUAUAAUCAACUUCUGUAUUGAUAGCUAAAGAUUUUACUGGCACGCGGUUGGAGCAAUCCAGGAGACAGAAUGCAUUUACUUUGAGUAUCUCAACAGUCUGGUUGCUGACUUUCAUAUUUAAUUUGACAUGUAUACUGUAAUAUAUUGCAUUUGAUUAAAGGAAAAAAAGAAUACCCUUUCAAAA